AUGAUGCUGCGGCCCGUGUGCCAACUCGAGCAAAGCGAAAUGAAUGAAAUGAGCCGCCCCUCUUCCCCUGAGCUUUCUUUGAAUCCCGAUGACACACAACUUUGUCUGCCUCUUCGAAUCCUCAGCUCGGGUGUUGCCAUGACUGAAUUAGCUUUUAGACGUCGUUUUCCUCUUUUUUUGUCCAUAUCUUGCAUUUUGUAUGAAAAUAUACGUCACUUUUUUUUUUUUUUUUCUAAAUUUACGGCUACUUUCUUAAAAAAUCAUCUUUUUAGAGGAUUUGGAUUAAAAGGAAUUUUUAUUUAGCUGAAGAUUUAUAGUUUUCAAUCUCGUAGAAAAAAAGUGUCGGAAAAAAAUAUGCAAUUAUUGUUUUAUUUUUUUCGCUUUAUCCUUGUUUCUUUUUCCAUCAAAUGGUAUUUCAAAAAAAUAUUAUGAUUUCAUCAAGGUUGAUGAGAAAAAGGUGAACGUACAGCGAAAUUAGCAUAGUUUUUUUUAUUUUUUUUUAUCUAGUGACUCCUUUUUUUCCGGCGGCUUUUCUUCUCUUAUUAUGACUAUCAUUCCAUGAACCCAAAGUUAGAAAUGUCACGUUUUCGUGAACUUUUAAGCGAAUACUGUACUCUCAGGCCGUAUGGAUGAGAGCGGCGGCAAGAUCGAAGACGUCGACGAGCGGCGGCUGAACCGCGUCGCCUACGAGUAUCUUUGCCGCCUCUUGCAAGUCAGAAUGUGAUUAUUGUUCUCAUUUUCUCAACUGAAGAAUAUCAUCUUCAGAUGGCUCGCCGAGUGUCUGAAGGACGAGCAGAUCGUGAACGUGAACGAACUCGAGGAAAACCUUCGGAAUGGUGUUCUCCUCGCCCGCCUCGCGCACUCUUUCGCUCCAGAAGUCGUGCCUCUGAAAGGCGUCUUCGACGUCAAGCAGGAGCGUUUCCAGCAGAAUGAGAACACUCCCGUCUACCGCCACUCGGACAAUAUCAUGCAGUGGCGUCGUGCCAUGGAGAGUAUCCAUCUGCCUGAAGUCUCCUCCUUUUUUUUCAAUCCACUUAUUUUAUUUUUUCAGAUUUUCAUUCCCGAAACGGCUGACGUCUUCGAAGGUCGCAACCAAAAGACUGUUUUCUGCCUUUGCGCUCUGGCGACUCUUCUCCAUCGCCUUCGGAAGGCGCCGCCCAUGAGGAACGUCGCUGGACAGGCGAAAUUUCACAAGUACCGCAUUCUUAGUUUGGAACAGUCUUAGGAAAAAAAAAUGAGUUCAGUUUGGUCCCUUGGGGGCAACCUUAGGGGCCCAUGGAGGGUCCCUUCUAGUGACCACUUUGCCAACCCCUCUAGGGAACUCUAACGCUUAAAAAAGUGGCCCCUCUAGGGGCAACCUUGUCAAUAAUUGUUAUGCAUUCUAUGCGAACAAGCAUUUCCACACAAGAAAAAAUGAAAUGAAUAAGCGUUUCUCGAAUAAAUUUCAAAGAUCCCUUUAGGGACCACUUGAGCUUUAGGAGUAAAGAGGUCAGACCCUAAACCUAUAUAGGGACUACUUUGAUCGUACCCCUACAGGGACCACUUUGAUCUUACCGCUACAGGGACCACUUUAGCUCCCCCUAUAGGAACUUUUUUUCCGCCAAACCAUUAUAUCACUCUAAAAUUCGUAAGUGUUUCCAUCAGAACUUUUCUCAAAAAAAAAAACCUUGCAGUGCCUAAUUUAGAUGACGAGCUCUCUGAGAUGAAGCUUAACCUGAAAGAUUCCAAACUUCCUGAGUUUGGAGACGUCGGAAGUCUUUUGACGGGUCGCCGAGAAAAUGCCGAUCUUCAGGCGAGGGCUAUCGAAACAAUUCGUGACGCCGUCAAAUCAAAAGUUUGAAACUGCCUUUUUUCUCCUUUGAUCUUUUAAAUUAAGGAUGCGACGGAGCUAGUCAAGGCCCUGAAAUCGUCUGAGGCCGGAAUCGAAUUCGUUGAGGAGAAUCUCGCCGAAGAGUAUCUGGUCAAGUUGACGUCCGUGGACGAAGUCGAGUUCACCAAGCCUUUUGUGCAGAGAAUCGUGGUCGAAACGAAUAGUUUGUCCUUUUUUGUGCGAACAAUCAUCAGAACUUCAGAUGAAAGCGCCCUCGAAAAACUGGAUAGAGCGCUUGGAACAGACGAUGGAGAGCAACUUCUUCAUAUUCUCGACGUUCUUCAGUUUGAUGUUUUUUUCUUUGUGGUUCCCGCAAAUCGAUCCAUUAUCUCAGGACGUGCGGCCAACAGCUUUGCUCCUGUAUUCGACAUUACUGCAACGAGAGAAGAAGAACUCGGGAAAGUCGCUUGACAGGGAAAAGGUCGCCGAAAUCAUUGCAGGUUGGAGGCUUUUCCCAGCUGGGAAUUAAAAGAGAAGUUCAGUGGCGAACGCCCUGGUGGAAGUUCGUGUGGCCGUCGACCACGGCUCAUCUGAAGACGUCCUCCUCGCUCUCCGACAUCCCGCCCUCCAGCUGAACCCUUCUCCAAACAAUGCUCGUCUCUACUACAACAGGUCCUCAAUUCAUACUCACCUUUAUCUAAAGCCGGUUCUCGGCUUACUUAGGACCCUAGGAGGCCUGGCCAUACACCGGCUGGACCCCACCCCAGCCUUUUGCGCGCGAAAAAAAAAUUUGAAAAUGUACUCAAGUAGGCCGCAUUUUUUGGGGGGCUGGGGUAGGCCGCACUCCGUGGUGGAAUCUAACCGACGUAUGGGCGUGGCUUGUCUGCGCUCUCCACGAGCCAGCACUAUCUCGUGCAUUAUCGUGUCAGGACCCAUUUUUCGAUGGCUCAAGCUAGCCGUGAAUCAUAUUUAUGAAGGAAAUUUCGGUUCAUUUCACAGAAUUUGAAGUUUGAACUGUUUUGGGCCGCCCGGAGGAAGUUUUAUUCUGAGAAAAGCGAAAAAAAAAGUUUGACUCAAAAUAUAGAUGGGCAAGUACAACUCCUUCAGCCUGGGAGGAGGGAUUGGCUUGCAAAAUUUUCAAAAAAUCAGGAAUAUAAUCAAGUUUCACCCUCAGGAAGUUAGUUUCGACCAAAAUAGUGCAAGUUUUAGACUCAGGUCGGGAAAACUUGGAAGGAUGGGUCGGCGGCCUCUAAAAAUGGUCUAGAAAUGGUGUGCUGAAAAUUAGAAAAUUCUCCUAAUUUUUCAUUUUUCGUGGAUCCUGUUUCAGUUUUCUUGUCCUGAUCAUUUUCAUCGUUAUGGUGAUGCUGGUGAUCAAUUUUCUAGAAGCUUGAAUUUAUUAACUUUCUGUGUGUUUUCAAAUUUUUCACUAGACUUUUGAAUUCCAUUCACAAACAUUUGGACCUCCAGCUGAAUUUUUUCAGAAUCCGCAAAGAGUACGAGUCAAAGGCGGAAGGGGAGUUUCUGACUCGAAAUGAGCUUGAAUUUUUCCUCAUCGAAUACGAUGAUAUUUCUGCCGACAAGCGACAAGGUUUUAUCUUUUUCUCAAGUUUUAAUGGAUUUCUUUUUCUGUGGUAAUACCAGGAUGAAGGGAUUAUAGCGGGAUUUUUCGACAUUUAGCUUUUUUUGAAAAAGUACUUUUUUUACUUUUCUGGUUUUUGGUUUUUUGAACGUUUUUCAUUCUCUGAUGUCAGAGAAUCACUUAAUUUCGAACAGUUUUUUUGAAAAAAAGUAAGAAAUGAGUGGAUUUUUGAAAGCACUAAAAAGGUGCUUAUUUUCAAUAAUUAAAUCAAUUCUUUGUUUAUAUGUCGAUUUAAUUAUUCAUUCCCUAUUGUCAUGUUUGAAUGUUAUAUUUUAAUUCCAUUUCAUACUUUUAAAACAUCAGUAGAUGUCGAUUUCUUUUAAAAAAUGGUAUUAUAAAAACAAAGCCACAGAAAUGCAUUUUCCGAAAGAUCUGAAGCCUCUGACAAAUCUAGAUCUCUUAGAAUCACUAGAUUUACUGGAAAUUAGGAGUUUCUGAGGCAUCUUCAUGAGAGACGCUUUGCCGAAAGAGGAGUGGGAAUUUUAAAUUUAGACUCCAGUAGUUGUUUUCGAUCAGAGUUUAAAAUUUUCUGAAUGAUAAUAAAAAAUAUGUCAUACUACAAUUGAAAGAACAAAAAAAAAUGAAUCAACCGAAGAGAACCAAGAAUUUCCAAAAAGGAAUAAAUAGUGCUUAUGGAUUUAAAAACCAUUUUAAAGCAAUAAAGAAGUGUUUUAUCUAUUUUAUUUCAUCAAUAGAGUACAAAAAAAUUACAGGGAGUUGAUCAUAGGAAAUGAAAAAAAUGAAAUCGACAAUUCAACAAAAAAAUUGAGUGAAAAAUAAGCACUUUUUUUAGUGCUUUUAAAUUCCACCAAUUUCUUACUUACAAAGAAAAUUGUUGUAAAUGAAGUGAUUCUCUGACAUCAGAGAAUGAAAAACAUUCAAAAAAGCAAAAUGUCGAAAAUACCGCUAUAACUCCUCCAUCAUAUACUACUCUCAGUACUCGAACUGAAAGCUGCACUGGCGAAUAAGGACGACGAGGCGGUCUUGAGUUUUUUGAAAACUUCGACUUUUGCCGAAAUUGUCAUUGAACAGAACUCCGAGUUUUAUAUCACGAAGCUGAAAAAGAAAAUCGGUAAGUCUGGAUUAAAUUAGUUUUUCUUUUUCAAUUCUUUUUAUUUUUUUUCCCCUUUGAAAGGAAAAAUCUUCUUUUGAAUGCGUUUUUUUGAAAUUUUUUUAUUGUUCUUAUUAGUAUCCUUAACACUUUUAAAAAAACCUGUUUCAAGCUUUUUUUGAGAAAUUUUUUUACAAGAACUAUUUUUUUAAAGGAAAAAUCGCGUAUGGUUGAGCUUUAUGAGACUUAAGCAUCAUGAUUCAUUAAACGGAAUUUAUCAUAUUAUAUUGAAAAAAGGCAAAACAAUAGCAUGAAAAACCCGACGCGUUCCCCGCACGCGCCGUCAGGGUUUGAGUAUCAAAAGCGGCUUUAAAGUAUUUUUCUAGAAGAAAGGGAUCCUUCAAAGAGGUCUCGUGACGAAAUUUCAUGAUUUGAGCUUAUUAGCCAUGUACGAAUUAUCAAAAGUUACGAAGAGAUGAUAUAUUUUCAGCCGACAAGCUUGGAAGAGCUGGGCGAGGCUCUGCGUGACGUCAACGAGGAGACUGGCCGCGCAUUUUCUCAUUUGGACACGCGUGAGCUUUUCUCCCUUGAUCCUCCUGAGCCAGAUCUGCGAACGCUUUAGGGACAUGAUAUCCUGGUCAUAUAGGUCGCAGAAAAAGUUUCGGAAAUUGUUCCAGUUUCAUUAAUUUGCAAAAAAAAAAUCCUGAUCAAGCUCGGUUUCGUUUGGAGUUCAGGCUGAGUUGAAAAUAAAAAAGAGCGUUAAGAUAGUUUUUUCUCUUGAUCGAAUAUGUUGUAGAACACGAUUCUUAGGAUUUUUUGAAAAAAAAAACAAAAUAUCAUGACUCGAUUAGUUUUCGAGAUACGGUAGCUCAAAGGGUUACGGUAAAAAGUUUCGAAAGUUCAUACAUCGGAAAAAAAAAAACAUUAACGAAUCCCAAUUGAAGUUUGUCACAAGGUUUAUUCACUUUCUAAAAUACUAAAACUUCACACCUGCUCAUUAUUGCUCAGACUAGAGAGUUUUUUUCUUAAAAAGUUCCAAAGCAGUAUAUAAAGCUCUGAGCCGGGGUUUUCUCUGGGCUUCUUCAAAAUCACGGAAAAAUGCUCUAUCGGAAAAAAAAGUUUUCUAUUGAAAAAAAAUACUCUAUCUAUUGGGUUAAACUUGGAUUAGGCUAUAAUAUUAGACUGCUGUUGAUCUUUUCCAGCAAGAACAGCCAUUCAAUUCGCCGAGAUCCGACGAUUUUUUCAGUGAUCCGCCUGAACAAAGCCAUGACUGUGGAUCACGAGUCUUCGGUCCGUCUGAACCUGGUGUCUCUAGGAACGUCGAUGAAGAGCGACGCGUUCCGCCGAGAACUUCUCCACUGGUACAUUCAGAGGCUCAUCAAGGUUGACAUUUCUCGCUUCGUCUUGGAUCGAAUUGGACUCUUCUCAGGAGUCGCAGCACCGACUGGCCCAAGUCGAGCCGCGGAACGAGUUGGAAAAGAAGUGGCUCCACUUUGACUUCGAAUUCGGAACUGUUUGGGCUGAGACGGUCACGUUGCACAGGAGUACUGUGCCGAUGGAACCUGUCGAUGAGAGUUACUUCACUUGGGAAGAAAUUGAAGUGAGCGAGGAGAACCUGUCACUUCUACGUUUCAAAAUAAUUAGAAAAAUCGUACUUAAACGUUUUUUAUUGGUUUUUCAAACUGUUUGGAUUUAUUUAGGCGCAGACUUCUUUUGAGUUGGAAAAAAGGGCGUUUCGUUAACUUUUUCUCAAGAUCAAGUGUUUUGUAUAGUCCGUCCGUCGCGACUUGACAGUUUUCGCGUGUCUGCGCCUCUGUUCCCUCACCAGCGUGGUCAGAGAAACAUGGAAACAGCACGUAAACAUGAGAGAGACGUUUAGAGAUAAGGAGAGUGCAGAGAAGUUCCAAAAAACGAAGUAUAGAACCCGAUUUUUAGAAUUAAAAAAAACCUAAUAUUCUCGGCUAGUUUUUGAAAUACGGUCGCUCAAAAGAUUAUGGUAAAAAGCGGCGAAAUUUUUCGACAAAUCUUUGUACUUCUUUUGGGUUUUUAAAACCUCUCUGACAGUUGUAAAUCGACCAGAUAGAAAGGAAAUUAUUUCUGAAAAUGACUUCGUUAUCCUUUUAUCAUGAACUUUAAGAGAAUGCUUGACGAAGAAGACGUCAAUUUCGACGAGUACUACAAGACGAACGAACAGCAAGUGGUGAAGUCGCAAAAGAAUCUACGCAAGUUCCUCGAGCAAAAGCGAAAGAAGCAGAUGGAAGCCAGGCAAAAGUCGAUGGAACAGGCCGCUCUCACCAUCCAGAACCACUACAAGUCUUAUCGCAACAGAAAAGAUUUGGAGCUGCUCAGUUAGAAUCUCUUUUUGGUUUUGUCUCAUUGGUCUUUUCCCCCCACAGAAAGCGCCGAAAAGCCAAGCCUCUCUUUGGUUCGGAAGUUUGUCAAGAAUCUGCCGCGGUCCGAAGUUAGUACAAGCGACGAGUUUGGUAGUUGUCCGCUUUUUAGGGGAGAACUUUGAACUUCUUUUCAGAAGUAGCUGAGAUGAAAUCGAACGUGGCUCAGUUGAUGGCCGCGAAUCGACAGCUGGACGCCAACCUCGUGGAGUUGGACGAGAAGAUCGGACUCCUCAUCAAGAAUAGGCUCAACCUCGAGGUGAGAACUCCAGGGGAAAAGUUUGACCGAAAGAAAAAAUAUCAGUCUUUUUCGUCCUACGCCUUUGUACCGGUUGAGCGGCAUCGACGCUUCAAUUCCAAUAACCGAGGUCCUAUCCUGAUAUCAGUGAUAAUCAGUAGACUGGCUCUAGUGACAAAUCCUUUCUUGUGGGAGACUGCUGAGGAUUAAGAAUUCGUGGUUUUCACGCUACCAACAUUCCUUGAACCGUUUGGUUAGGUCGAGUUGGGGAUCGAACUUGUGACCCUCUGGACCGUAGACAGGCACACAACCUGUUGCGCUACGGCGCGCCCCAAAGAAAAAAAAUGCGGCCGGUUUUACGGUAGUUUAGAUAGGAUUUUCGGUGAUACAAUUAAAACUUGUGUGCUUUUUGUGACGUAAGUUGUUUAAUUUUCGAUUAACAAAUUGCAAAACAAAAAAGAAAAAAAGUUCCUGGCUUUGAAAUUGACGGCUCGAUAUUGCCCGUAGCACUGUCCAAAACAUUCGUGUGUUAGUUGUUGAUCAGAAAAAAUACAAUGAAACGUGUAGGAAGUGAUGGCUCACCGCGACAAAACGGCCGAAGCCGCCGACGCUUUCUCGAUGCGGGCCAUCAGCAUGCGCAAACGCGACAAACUGCCCCUCUCCACCUUGGAGCAGCUCUUUUUCUACCUCCAGACUCAGCCUGCACACCUGGCCAACCUUAUCGAAGGUAUCUCCCCCUCUCGUUUCCUCAUCAACAUUUUUUCUAGCUCGAGGAAAGAAAGGCCUUGACGAUUUGAUCAACGACGUGAUUUGCCCAAUCUUCGGCUUUCUUAGCGACAACAGGGAACAAUUUUUGAUGGUUUCUCAGUUUGAAAAAAAAAAGGAAAGUUUAAUAUUUUCUAGGUGCGUAUGCUCUGCGAACUCAUCACCAGAGACGUUGAGAAAAUGAACCGGCUGGAGGAGCUACCGACGACGAACUGCGUCCAGACUGUUGCCCAGUUUUUCACUAGCAGGUGA